AUGGAGGAUGGACAAAAUUUUAAGUUGAUUUACGAAAAACGGAAGAGUGACGUGAUCAGCGAAAUUGACAAAGGGCGAAAAAUACAACAACUCGAAAACAGACAUAAGUUAAUUCCGAUCGUCCGAGCCGUUUUGCUGUGUGGCAGGCAAGGAUUAGCAUUAAGAGGUCAUCGAGAUCAGGGCUCUUUAUCACGGAAAAUGCCGGUAGAAAACGACGGGAAUUUCAGAGCGUUACUUCGUUAUGCCCUAGACAACGGCGAUCAAGCUUUGGCCAAUCAUUUAAAUACUGCGGGUGCGAAUUCAACGUAUUUAAGCUAUCGUAUUCAAAAUGAAAUAAUUGAUGCAGCAGGGAAACAAAUAACGACGAAUAUUGUGCAACGUGUAAACAAAUCUAGAUAUUUUUCUGUCAUUGCUGACGAAAGUACGGAUGUGAGUGGCAUUGAACAGUUUUCAAUAUGCGCUCGAUUUGUCGAUAAAAUGGACGAAUACAAAAUUCGAGAAGACUUUUUGUGCUUUAUCCCUGUUGAGGACGUUACCGGAAAGGGGCUUGCAAAUACGUUGCUGACCACGAUGGAAAACAUUGGCAUAAACCUGGCCAAUAUGAGAGGGCAAGGCUAUGAUGGGGCGCGUGCAAUGAGCGGAAAAUUCAACGGCUGUGCUGCUAAAGUUCGAGAACUAUAUCCGGAAGAUAUUUACGUCCACUGUGCUAAUCAUAAUUUGAAUUUGGCUAUUACACAUGCGUGCAAAAUAUCGUCCAUCCGAAAUUGCAUAGGCACAAUUAAAGAGGUUGUAAAUUUUUUUCGUCUAUCCAAUAAGGCAGGUCUAGUUUUAAAAGAAAAAAUUCAAGUGUCUUGCCCAAGUGCGAAACCAACACGUCUUCUUAAAUUUUGCGAAACGAGAUGGGUUGAGCAUUUGGACUCACUCAGUUUGUUCAACGAUGUAUAUGAACAUAUCUGCUUAUCGUUAGAGUAUCUGGAUGAAAAUAAUUUGAAAACCAUCGGAGUCAAACCUCAUGCCCUGCUUGCAUCGAUAAAAACACCUCAAUUUAUUAUGGCUUUAACAGUAGUAAAGCCGAUUUUCAGCAUAAUGAAAAAUCUCAGUGUGUUUUUACAAAAGGAAGAUUGUGAUCUUAGCUUAUGCAUUGAUUAUGCAAAUCACGUGUAUGAUGAAAUCAAUGAAAUGCGUUGUGAUUCGGACUUGAAAUUCAAAAGCUUGUAUGCAGCAGCAAAAGAAAUGGCGGACAAAUUGGAUAUUAAUUUAGCACCCCCGCGGAAUAUUGGAAUACAGAAGAACAGAGACAAUUAUGAAGGCGGUCCAGAGGAAUAUUUUCGUCGGUCCAUUUUUCAUCCUUUUUUGGACCACUUAUUAAUGCAGUUAAAAAUAAGAUUUCUUGAACACCGGGAACUAUUGUCAAAAAUUCAAAAUAUUCUUCCAACUAAGUGUUCUGAGCUGAAUACAAAAGAAAUCAGUGAAACGGUAAAUACUUUUGCAAAAGAAUGGCCAAUUGACAUCAAGGGAUCUACUGAUGAUUUUAUAGCUGAGAUGACCAUGUGGCACAGACAUUGUUUAAAUAUGUCAAAGGAUAAACGGCCUAGAACAUUUAUUGAGACUCUCAACUAUUGUAAUUCUGCAUUGUAUCCAUCAAUACACACAUUUUUGCAGAUUGGUGCAACUCUACCCGUUUCUGUGGCAACAAGUGAACGGUCUUUUUCUUGUCUUCGAAGAUUAAAAACAUAUCUGCGCAACAAGACUGGUGAGGAGCGAUUAAAUGGAUUGAUGCUAUUAAACUUAUACAGAGACGUGGAAGUGACUUGUGAAGAGGUCAUUGACAUAAUGGCAAAAAAACCAAGACGCAUAGAUCUCGUUUUAUAA